AUUUUGUUGAACGUAUUUUACUCGCUUCAAGAUUUGCGUAUAGUAUGCCAGAACAAGAAAUCAAGAGGCAAAAAUUAACAGAAGAGCUAGACCAAAAGGAGGUGCUUGAAAAUACAACGAAUCAAGAAGAGGAAUCUACAACAGCAGAAACAGCCGAAUAUACGGCAGAAGAGUUGGCACUUGGUCAUGAACUUAUCGCAGCCGUGAUCGCUAACGAUCUAGACAAAGCUAAAGAACUAUUAGAAAAAAACGUCGAUCUAUGUUUCAGUGGCGAUGAGUUAGGUCGCACACCUCUUCACCACGCUGCCGAGUGCGGUCACUUCGACAUGGUGGAAUGGCUAUUAUCAGAAAAGCAUCCCUACAACUUAACGGAUAAAUCAGAUAUCACAGCUGGUGAACUCGCAUUGAAAAAUAAACAUGAUAAAGUAUAUCAGCGCUUAGUGGAUGAAGGUGUACGGUCAGAAUUGUUGAUCCGCGCCCUGAAAAAGAUGUUUGGCGGUGACGAUGAAGAAGCCGAAAAAGCAGCUAUUGCCAAUGAAGCUUACCUAAACCAAAAACUACAUUAUGAUGACAAUAAAUUGAUGGAUGAGAAUAAUGAUGCUGUCAUGAUGGGCUGGGAAGGUCCUCUUAUGGUAGAGCAUGCUAAAGUGAUGUGUCCUAAAGAAGGCUUGAAUGUUUUGAAUGUUGGCUUUGGACUUGGAUUGAUCGAUACAGAAUUACAGAAAUAUCAUCCAAAAAAUCACUAUAUUAUAGAAGCGCAUCCGGACGUUUAUGCACACAUGUUAGAGCUGGGUUGGGACAAGAAGCCUGGCGUCAAGAUUUUGUUUGGGCGAUGGCAAGAUAUGUUAUCUCAUAUUGAUAUUGCUUUUGAUGGCAUUUUCUUUGAUACAUACGGAGAAUUCUAUGAUGAUUUACUAGCUUUUCAUGAAUUUGUACCUAACAUGUUGAAUGAGAAUGGUGUGUAUACUUGGUUCAACGGAUUAGGUGCUACCAAUCAGUUCUUCCACGACAUUUAUUGCAACAUAUCCGAGAUUGAUCUACGGGAAUUUGGUCUAAGUACGGAAUAUAUAGACAUGCCAAUUUCCACAUGGGCAGAGGACGGCGUCUGGGACGGCGUCAGACAAAAAUAUUGGGUUUUAGAUACAUACAAAUUGCCCAUCUGUAAAUUUCUCACCGAAUAAACAAAGAUUAUAGAAAGAUAACUAUAGUUGAAAACAACAUGCUUCGGUUAACCAGAUAUAAAAUGUUUGACUAUGUACAAAAAUCAAAAAUGUAAAGACAAUUUAUUUCUGUUGGUUUUAUUUUACUUUUGCUGUAGUAAAAAAAGUUAUAUAGGUCGUUGUAAAAAGAUAUUUGAUUGAGGGAAAUCGCUUAAGCAAUAAGCUCGAUGGCACCACCAGCAGCCUUGAUCUUCUUUUCAGCGAGAGCAGAGACGAAACGAGUACGGACAAUGACGGGUUGAGAGAUGACACCCUUAGCCAAAACCUUACCGUAACCCUUUUCAAGAACAUCGAUAACAGGAACCUUUUCGGUGUUCUUGUACUUUUCACGAACACCUUCACCGGCUAGA